UCAAACACCGGCUUCAGGGCGUUCUCUCUGUUCACUUCAUCUGAACUGAGCAGAUGAGCUGUCAACACACGCCACACGCCGGGCUGGUGGAAAUGCAAGAUUCACAGCCACCAUCUCAUCUUGGUUCUUUGUACUGCCGCUUUGUCGGGGAACAGCCACACCCAGGGCGCCGGGAAGUGCAAUCUCCCGUGCGCCCUCGCGUGGCUGCUUGCCCGACAGCCCGCAAUGUUUGGCAAACCGAUGCUUUCUGUUUUCUUUGGCGAGUCCGUGGCACUUUGGGCGCGGGAGUAGCUCGCCUCGGGACCCGAGCUCGUCCCGUCGACUUUUCCCUGCGGCUCUCGGACGCAAGGACUGUCACGGCAUUUUGUUCGGCCCGUCUGCGUAUUGAAAUGAGGGUCCGUUGCCAGGGUGGGCGUUAUCAAGUGUCGUGCGAAUGCCAGGACCAGGGACGUUGUGAAUAGCUUCCUCCACAGCGGGUAGCGCGUCAUGUUUUUUUUUUUUUGGUCCCAGGUGAAGAAGGUUCCCACUUGUCUUGCGCAUGUGCUACUCUAGCGUCUAGAACAAACCAAAAACGCAUGUUGUGGCGCCACCCUCACAACGUGGGCUGUCAUGGCAAAACAGGGGCUCCCAAUCAGCCCACAAAACGACCCGGCACCCCAACAUGGCGGCUUCCAGAGGCCCGACCUCAUGGUGGGACCAACACCCUUGUCUUCCCCGGGAGCCUGGUUCCAGACUGCCGUGCCUGACCUGUUCGUACCGCUGCAUUGGCUGGUUCGCCAAACACGCACCCCAGAGCCUCCACUCAAAAUAGACAUGAUCACUCUCCCUCAACGGCUUCUUCGGUCUCCUUUGGGCUAGCUAGGGGAACUUCCCAGUCGGUCGAGGAAACAAAAAACACCUCAGCUACAAUGUCAGUGACUUGGGCUGCCCUUUGUCCGAGCUCUCGUAGCCGUAGCUUUACCAUAGCUUUCCCUUUGUUUGUCCCUGGCCCGACCCGUCACCAUCGCUCACUAACACAGCACAAUGGGACGUCAAAGUCCUCCCUAAGCUUUCAAGGUUGCUACCAUCAUCACAUCCCAACGUCAUUGGUUCAGGGGUUCGUGAUUUGCGCUCGUGCUGCCAUGCCCGGGCAUCAGGCCAGACCAACAGCCAGCCGUGUAGAGUACAAGUGAUCCCCCUUUUUUCUCCCUUCCGCACGGCACUGCAAAUGGACUGGUUUGUUGUUUGCCAAACUUCGGCAGCGGCAUCCUUCUGACCCUUGUGGCGUGGGGGUUGGUAUGUACCAACCUCGACUGAGGAGCAGAAAACGGAUCAUGAUCGCCCGCCAGAGCACCUACGUCAGGGGUAAUCGUGUGCCGUCGCCAGGGGUGGCUUUGUGUGUCGCCGGCAGAGUGAGCUAGCUCAAUGCCCUUGUCUCGUCCCAUCUGUUGCUACAAGGAAAAAAAGACACGAUCAUUUCUGGACAGCUGUACGCUGGUCCUUUGUGUGAGGUGGUAGGUGAUGGGGUUUGCAAGUGAGCCAGCUCGAAGGACCCGCCACUACACUGUCAACCUCGCUGUCUCAAGGGGACCACGAGCUGCGAGAUUGUGUAUAUAACAACCCUCCCGCUCCUCUCUCAUCCUCCUCUUCAGACUUCCCUCUCACCACACACCAACCCACUCUCGAUCAACCAGUCAAGCCUCUCGACUCCACUCCUCAGUCCACCACGGCACCACGCCUCGUCAUCGGACACCACCAGCUUAUAUAGCAACCACCAUCCACUUGGAGACUUGAACUCGGCAGCCUCGAGCAGUCCACCACCACCACCACACCACCCACCACCACCAGCAGCUUUCACCACCGCAGCCGCCAUCAUGUCUGCCCACCAGCUCCACGAGUCCCAGAACGUCUACGACAACGAUGACACCUUCUGGGGCCAGUACAGCGAGUUCCCGCGCAUGAAGCAGGGCCUCGACGGCGCCUCGGAGUGGCCCCUUUUCCGCCCCAUGCUGCCCAGCCCCCUGCAGGGUCUGCGCGUGCUGGACCUGGGAUGCGGCGACAGCAUUCUGGGUUGCUACGCCGCCGCCCAGGGCGCCAGCCGCGUGCUGGGCGUCGACCUCUCGGAGCGCAUGCUCGAGCGCGCCGCCCAGAACGCCACCGAGCUCGUCGGCGCCGCGGCCGCCAACGGCAACACCCUGACCAUGCCCACCUACGGCCGCCAGGACCUCGAGGACCUCCAGCUGGCCGGCGAGACCUUCGACCUCGUCGUCAGCGGCCUGGCCCUGCACUACGUCGCCGACUUCAAGUCCCUAGCCGAGCGCAUCUUUGAGUCCCUCAGCCCGGGCGGCUGCUUCGUCUUCUCGGUCGAGCACCCCAUGCUCACGGCGCCCGUCAAGCCCGGCUUCCUCAAGCACAGCGUCCGCGCCGCCGUCGCAGCCAAGCACAUGGAGAAGCUGAGCCUCGCUGCUGCGGACAAUAAGCCCGCCGUCCCGCAGACCGCCGCCGUCCUGCCCGACCGCAGCGCCAACUCUUCCGUCGGCUCCUUCGCCUCCUUCGCCAAGCUGCAGUCGCAGACCUCGUCCUCGGUCGGCACCGGCUCCAUGGCCGCGUCGCUGGCGCCCUCGCCCGCCGACUCCGAGGCACCCUCGCCCGCCUCUUCGGUCGUGCCCUCGCGCGCCCCGACCCCCGCCCCCUCCGAGAGUGAUGAGGACGAGGUGACCGAGAACGACACCUUCUGGCCCGUCGAGUCCUACUUCACCGAGGGCGAUCGCCACGUGCCCUGGCUGGGCGCCAGCGUGCUCAAGCAGCACCGCACCACCGCCACCUACUUUGGCCUGCUCAAGGGCGCCGGCUUCGAGGUCUACGACAUGGCCGAGUGGGGCUCCACCGCCGACGCCGGCCGCAAGCACCCGGACUGGCCCGAGGGCGUUACUCCGCGCUUCCUCAUCCUGGGAGCCCGCAAGCCCGUCACUUCUGCUUAGAGGCUUUGCGGAUCGCUGGUUGCUGCUAGCUCCUAGUAGCUAAGCUGUGGGGACGAGAGGGGUCAUGAUUCGGAAGGGUGGUGGUUCGAGGAUCAGAGCCACGGCGGAAAAAGGGAAAAAAGGGUAAAACGGUACCUUGCCUUUGACACAGGAUCAGGCCAUGGCACGAGCAUUUGACGGAGAAACACGGAAGGCGUUACUUUUAAGAUUUUUGGGGAGAAUAACUGGGGUUUUCUUGGCGCGUUGCUAUUAUAUCAGCAUAUCUUAUACCCCAACAGGCACACUGACAGAUCGCAUUAAUAUUUGGCUUCCAUUCUAUUAAAUAAUUCAGACAAUUUGCCUUGCUAAUUUGACCCCUAACUCGAC